AUGCCGAGUUCACUAUACGUGUUUGAUUGGUUUCGACGUACAUGGAAACGCUUGCUAGAUGGCCAUUGCGGCGUUGUUAAUGUGAAAGAUCGCGAUGAGCGCUAUGCCGAGCAGCCCUGUCAGGUUGCCGCUGUUGUGCCACAGGGCAGUCGCGAGAACGGGGGGUGGACUGCCUCUGAAUGGUUGAGUCGGACUGAGGAGCGGAAGAUGGCCAAGUUUGCGCAGUAUGCCAUGGCGGCGACAGAAGAGGCGCUUCAGGAUGCAAACUGGAAGCCGGAGCCUUUUGAGCAGAGGGAGGCGACGGGAGUUUGCCUCGGAUCAGGAAUUGGGAACUUUGAUGAAAUCUACAGCACGGUCAUAGCCUACGACAAGGGAGGCUACAAGAAGGUCAAUCCACUGUUCGUGCCAAAGCUGCUGAUCAACCUUGGCGCUGGCCAUAUUUCCAUGAAGUACGGGUUCAUGGGCCCGAGCCAUUCUGCAACGACGGCUUGCACGACUGGUGCUCAUUCCAUUGGCGAUGCAGCUCGGUUCAUUGCCUGCGGUGAUGCUGAUGUGAUGAUCGCCGGUGGCGCCGAGUCCUGUAUUCAUCCAUUGGCCAUUGGCGGUUUUGGGCGUGCAAGAAGUCUGGCGACGGGAUUCAACGACACCCCAGAGAAGGCAUCACGGCCUUUCGAUGCCGACCGUGCGGGAUUUGUGGUUGGCGAAGGUGCAGCUGUAUUGAUUCUCGAGGAGCUAGGACAUGCCCUCGCAAGAGGGGCGCGGAUCUAUGCAGAACUCAAAGGAUAUGGCUGCUCCAGCGACGCACACCAUAUGACCUCACCUAAAGAAAAUGGCGAAGGGGCUUUUAUGGCUAUGAAAAAGGCGCUGAAGCAAGCCCAGUUACGCCCUGCUGCGGUUGACUAUGUCAAUGCACAUGCAACUUCAACCAUUGUCGGCGACGCUGCUGAGAACGCUGCUAUCAAGGCGCUUCUGCUGGGCCCUGAUGGCAAACACAAGGCUGCUGAUGUGAACGUAAGCAGCACAAAGGGUGCCCUCGGUCAUCUGCUUGGCGGUGCUGGUGCUAUAGAAGCUUUGAUCAUUUCUGCUAACAAGGAACAGAACAUUAUGCCCCCUACUAUCAAUCUAGACCGCCUGGCUGAUGGGUUCAAUUGCAACUAUGCGCCGAAAGAUCCCCAGUCACGACAGAUUGAUGUUGCCUUGACAAAUAGCUUUGGCUUUGGUGUGCUCUUUCAGUUUGCGCUCACCAUGGCGAACAAUGGUGACCCCGGUCAAGGUACGCAAUACCUGGUUCCUGUCAAAAGCGCAAAACACUUGGGAUACUUUGACAUCGAACUCGGCGUAUCUCAAAUCCGUGAAAGGUCUGAGCUAAGUCUUUUUUUGUUUACAGGACGGGGAAGUCUGGUUGAUGCGUCCGGGUACACCUUUACGGACAAGGAUACCAAACUCGGCAAGAUCAAGGUGAAGAAGACUUCCAAGGCGUCGACCAAGAAGAAGGCAGAUGAGGCCAAAGAUGGCCCAAUCGAUACUUCCCCUACUGCCUCUCCCCUCCCAACCCUCGACAGCAAAGUCGUCGCUGUGUUCCCAACCGGCAAGCCACGUGAAGAUGACCUCCUUGAAACCGUAAUCUGCAAGCAUUGCAAGCGGCCCACUCUCAAGCAAACCGCAGCGGAUCAUGUCCGCGGAUGCUUGAAGGCCAAGCAGGAGAAGGCGCGUAAGAAGAAGGAAGCUCGCGACGCGGCCAAUCGCCUGAAGGCCGGCGACGAUAGAGACGAUGACGGCCCCGACAAGGCCGACGGAGAAUCCCACAACAUGGGCCACAAGAGCGCCAAGAAGAGCGCCACUAAGGGUAUCGAGGACGGCAACAAGAAGGGCAAGAAGCGCAAGGCCGAUGAGGACGACGGCAGAGAGUCAAAGAAGAAGAAGAAGAAGGAUGAGCCUAAGCAAAAGACAGCCAAGCCAAAGGGCCCUGUCGAUGUCGAAAAACAGUGUGGUGUUACUCUUCCCAAUGGCGCGCAGUGCGCUCGUUCCUUGACCUGCAAAAGCCAUUCAAUGGGGGCCAAACGCUCGGUUCCUGGCCGGACACUGCCUUAUGAUAUGCUUCUCCAGCAAUAUCAGAAGAAGAACCAGGCUCGCCAGCAGAAGGCUGCGAUCGAUGCCAAUGCUCCUCUACAGGAAGAUAUCGAGAACACCGGUCCUAUUGACUCAGACGAAGAAAGAGAUGCUGUCAUGGCUGCCAUUGCCCGUUCUGCGCCCCAGCCCCUUGUUCGCCACCCCAUCAUUACCACCAAGUCGAAGUACCGAUACGUCCGUAUCAAGGAGCAAAUGUCGCAUGCCAUGGGAGUUCGGAACGGCGGUGGACUUUUUUCCAACGACGACAGCCAACCCCUUUUCGGUGGCAUUCUUUUCUCGACUGUGGCAGCCGAUUUGGACUCAUCAUCUGUUGACGCCAAUGGGGAGCCUGAUGUCUCCGCUGGUGGAAUGGAUGUAGGCAAGAGGUCCGCUGUUCCAGGUAACCGCAAAACUCCGGUCACUGGAGCCUCUUGA